AUGGAGUACGAGGCACUCAAAGAGCAAUGGAGCGACGUGGAGGAUCGCGACGGUGUUCGCCUGAGCUGGAACGUGCUUCCCAGCUCGCGCAUGGAAGCAUCGCGACUGGUUGUGCCGAUUGGUGCUCUUUACACCCCAUUGAAAGAGAAGCUCGACACACCAUUGCUGCAGUUUGAGCCAGUGACUUGCAAGCAGCCAUGCCGCUCUGUGCUCAAUCCAUUCUGUCAGGUCGAUGUUCGCGCUCGAGUUUGGAUCUGUCCCUUCUGCUUGUCAAGAAAUUCGCUCCCCCCCCACUACAAGGACAUUACGCAAAACGCGAUUCCGCCCGAACUACAUCCUGCAAACACGACUAUUGAAUAUCGACUGUCUAGGCCAGCUCCAGCUCCACCUAUAUUCUUCUACGUUGUAGACUUAUGCCAAGAAGAUGACGGCCUUGCUGCGCUUAAGGAAUCCCUGGUCAUGAGUCUCAGUUUGCUUCCUGAGAACGCCCUAGUUGGCCUUAUUACAUACGGCACGAUGGCACAAGUUCAUGAGAUCGGUUACGAGGGCUGCGCAAAAUCGUAUGUUUUCCGAGGAAACAAGGACUACACUGCCAAGCAAGUUCAAGAUAUGCUUGGUCUGUCAGCUUCUACAGCUCGACCGGGGAUGCAACAGCAACCUGGCCGUCCUCUGCCUAUGGGACCAGCAUCCAGAUUUCUCAUGCCGGUUCAGCAAGCGGAAUUCCAGCUCACUAAAGCAUUGGAGGCGCUUCAAAAAGACCCGUGGCCAACCGCGAACGACCGCCGUAGCCUGCGCUGCACUGGCGUGGCCCUGAGUGUGGCGAUCGGUCUCAUGGAGUCGUCAUUCCAAAAUGCCGGAGGUCGUAUAAUGCUCUUCGCUGGUGGCCCGGCUACGGAGGGCCCGGGCAUGACAGUUGGCCCUGAACUGCGAGAGCCAAUGAGAUCGCAUCAUGAUAUUGAUCGCGAUAACGUCAAGUACUACAAGAAGGCAUUGAAGUUCUAUGACAACUUGGCAAAGCGCACAGCCCAUAACGGUCACAUCAUUGACAUUUUCGCGGGCUGUUUGGAUCAGGUCGGACUCCUGGAAAUGAAGGGUCUUUGCAAUUCGACUGGCGGCCACAUGAUUCUAACUGACAGUUUCACGUCGUCGAUGUUCAAGCAGUCUUUCAUCCGUGUUUUUGAGAAAGAUGGCGACGACAAUCUCCUCAUGGGCUUCAACGCGGUGCUUGAGGUUCUCACCACAAAGGAAUUGAAGGUGACUGGUCUCAUUGGACACGCUGUUUCCCUUAACAAGAAAUCAGUUUCCGUUGGCGAGACCGAAUGCGGCAUCGGUAACACUUGCUCUUGGAAAAUGUGCGGCAUUGACCCCAAAGCAAGCUAUGGUGUCUAUUUCGAGGUUGCCAACCAAGGCCCAAGUCCUCAUCAACAAGGACCUCAGAAAGGCAUGUUGCAGUUUCUAACUUACUAUCAACACUCGUCUGGCCAAUUCCAUCUGCGUGUCACCACCAUCGCUCGCAAUCUAAGUGGACCAGCUGGUGAUCCGGCGAUUGCUCAGUCAUUUGAUCAGGAAGCUGCCGCUGUCCUCAUGAGCAGAAUAGCUGUUUUCAAAGCUGAGGUUGAUGAUGGGCCCGAUGUGCUUCGAUGGGUGGACAGAAUGCUUAUCCGACUGUGCUCGCGCUUCGCCGACUACAGAAAAGAUGACCCGUCCUCAUUUAGGCUGGAGAAAAACUUCACCCUAUACCCGCAGUUCAUGUUUCAUCUGCGCAGGAGCCCUUUCUUGCAAGUAUUCAACAACUCUCCUGAUGAGACAGCCUUCAACAGGCAUGUGUUAAACCAUGAAGACGUCAGCAAUUCGCUCGUCAUGAUCCAACCAACACUUGACUCUUAUACAUUUGAUCAGGAUGGUGGCCAACCUGUACUUCUUGACUCGGCCUCCAUUCAGCCUACACAUAUCCUCCUCCUAGACACGUUCUUCCACAUCCUCAUAUUUCAUGGCGAAACAAUUGCGGAAUGGCGUAAGGCCGGUUAUCAGGACCAGGAUGGCUAUGAGAAUUUCGCAGCAUUGUUAGAGCAGCCAAAGGAAGAUGCCAGGGAUCUGAUUACGGAUAGAUUUCCACUACCUCGAUUUAUCGUAUGUGAUGCUGGUGGCUCCCAAGCCCGAUUCUUGCUCUCUAAACUCAACCCGUCUACCACGCACACGACCGGCCCAUACGGUGGAGCUGGAGCCGCUUCGGGUCAAACGAUUUUUACCGACGACGUGUCUCUUCAAACGUUCAUGGAACACUUGAUGAAGCUUGCUGUCAGUGGCACCAACUAA